AUGCCUUACUCCGCUGUGGGCUCACGGCUCUCACUCUCCACGACGGCCGUUUGGGCAUUAUGCAGCACCAAGCCCCUUCAGUUGUGGGCCAAGGAAGAGGGCGAGGGCACAGUGAAGCGGGUGACAGACGCGGACAUCCAGUCGGCCGCCAUAGAGCUCCUGUCGCCCAACAUCCGCACCACGCUCAUCGCCUGCCCUCCCGACCCCUCGGCCGCGCUGGGCAUCAAGCUGCCGUUCCUGGUGCUGGUGCUGAAGCCCCUGGACCGCUACUUCUCAUUUGAGGUCACUGUGUUGGACGAUAAGAACGUCAAGCGGCGCUUCCGUGCCUCCAACUACCAGUCCACCACGCGCGUGCGGCCGUUCAUAUGCACGAUGCCGCUGCGCCUGGAGGCGGGGUGGAACUCGCUGCUCUUCAACCUCGCUGACUUCACGCGGCGUGCGUACGGCACGGGGUACGUGGAGACGCAGCGAGUGCACGUGCACGCCAGCUGCCGCCUGCGCCGCAUCUACUUCUGCGACCGCGUCUACUCCGACGACGAGCUCCCGCCCGAGUUCAAGCUCUUCGUGCCCUCCAAGGUCAAAUAA